AUGACAGGUGAAAACUCCCCAUCGCUCACUGAAGGCCUCUAUAUGAUCACAGAAUUAGACCAUAUUUCCUACUUCCGCAUUAAAUUUGGAGUAACUGAAAACAGCUCUAUGAAAGUGAAGUUAUGUGGCUUGUGCUCAUAUAGUGUUGAGCUGUCCAGCAGUGAGCAUCUGUAUAUGAUGAAGAGUUUUCAGCUUUCUUAUUUCCAACUCCUGUAUCUUCUAACAGCAGCAUUAUUAGAAUGUAAAGCUGAAACAGAUAGACCCUGCAAACAGGUUCAUCAGUUGAACAUAUGCCAUUUACUUGGUGACAGCAUGUCUAUUUCCUGCCAAACAACAACCCACCCGCUGGAUUCUCUGACAGUCAAACUACGCAGUAUCAACCAAGAUAAAGUCAUCCUGAUGUAUCCAGACAUCUCUCCAGCAUCAGAGCACCAGAGAUGGUCUGUGAGGAAUGAUGCUGGAAAUGUUACACUUGAUCUGAAAGACAUCAGAUCAUUCGAUGGUGGUCUUUAUGACUGUCAGGUCUACAAGAAUCAGGACUGCCUUCAAACAACUCGAUUUAACCUGAGUAUUAUAAAGUGUAAACCUUUGAACCCUGUCCAUGCAAUGAUAAACUCUUCAGUGUUGCUGCCAUGCUCUGAACAUCCUCUACAAAACAGAACUGCACCAGUCACUUGGAAAGUUGUUAAUGGUCACCAAUCAACAGAUAUAUACCAGUAUCGCGCUCCAUACAAGCCCUCAAGCAGCACAGAGAGACCCCCGGACCCCUUGUACAUGAGAGCGAAACAACUAAACAACGGAUCUUUGCUUAUAAGGAAUGCAGUACAAACUGAUGAAUUGCGACUCAAACCAGACUCUUUGACAGACAUCGAUUAG